AUGGUCUAUUUGACGGUUGCCAUCAUUGGUCUGGGUAGGCAAGAUGAGAUCAAACGGGAACUGAAUCGGCUGCACAGUGCAUCUUUACAUACUGAUGUUCAAUCUCACCGCUCUGCUCCCUGCAAUUCAGCCACUGGCUGCAAGAGAGUGAGAAAUAAAUUUAAUAUAUUUCUUCUGUGUACAGUCAACUUCCUUCAUAGCGGAAACUGUAGAAACCUUGAGUUAAUGUCCUCUUUAACGAGAGUCCGUAAUAGCGGGGGUUUAUUUCAGUCAAUUAAUGUCUGUAAUUCAUUUUUGCCCGGAUUAAGCGUCUGUCCGUAUUAUCAGGGUGUCCGUUAUAGCGGGGUGUCCGCAAGGCGAGAGUUGACUGUAUAUGACAAUGUAGGUUCUGUAAUGUCCUCUAUGAUACCUUCUUCCAAGAAGCACGGGAGCCCUUUUUUCACUUCGCAAAUUAAAGAAAAUGGAGUAUUUUUGGUGGUUCUGACACUGUAUGGCCCAGCGCCUUCAGUGAGCGUAGUCGUGAGAGGCCUACAGUUCAUUUGACCGGUGUCACAAAACAUGACUGGGGUAGUUUCUUGCAUCAUUUUGCAUGCUUCCUGACAGCCUAUUAACGGGUUGUCUACACAGCCUCUGAAUGAAGAAAACCUUGAAAUGGUGCAGAUCAUGAUAUUAACUGCCUUUUGAUGUACUAAAAUUCAACUUCCUAGUAAGGCUUAGAGGACACAACCAAAGAAAACUUUAAACGUAUUUCUCUGGUUCCUUUUAUCAAUUAAGCCUCCCUACAAACUAUAUGAAUUUUCGUUACUAAGAGCUUACUCCUGAAUAAAAAAUAGUUUAGUUCAAAUCAGUUUUAUCCUCUAAUACUGCUAAUCAGCCAAAUUGGUAAUCAAAGUCAGUCAUUUUCAGAAUAGACCUCUUUUGUAUUUACCAAAUCAGUGAAUAGUAAUUUUCGCCCGUUCUGGUUGGCUACCGUAACUCGGAAUAUCCUUGCAGGCUAUUCACUGAUUUGCUACCGAAGCCAAGAUGGCAUCUCGUUUUGAGAAAUUUCAGAAGACGAAAACUGAGCACUAAAUGAAGCAGUCGUACAAACAAAUACCAAGAAAACGAUGAACUUCAGCUUUUUGGUGUUUACUGAUAGGUAGAAAGUUAUUUCCUUGCUGAAUUUGCAACAAAAUUGCAAUUCAAAGUAGACAGACUGCAAAUUAUCUUAGUUGCUAAAAAAUAUAUAUCUACGUGCCGAAACUGUUCAUCAGUAGGAUGCCUAAAAUGUGUGCAAUUCCACAAUAACGUACCAAACGUAAUAACGUACUUGACAAAAUCCCCGAAAUGUUUGUAAAUUGCUACUAAGUGACGUUUUUAAUUUACAAAAAAGUUACUUUUUUUCAUUUUUAUCCAACUGAUUUGGUAAAUACUAAAAUAACUAUCCCCCUCAGGGUUGGUGAACAGUGCUAGAAAUAUACCUCGACAAUUCAUGUCUCGGUAUCCAUAAACCACUAUUCACCUCCCCUUCGGGUGAUAGUUGUAUAGUAUCAUUUCAUAUAAUAAUCGGAGUUCUAUUUUUGACAGUGUGAAGAAACUGCCAUUUAUGCAAAUGGUAAUCGAAUCACGGGGCUGCCCCGGAUCAAAUUGAAACCUCAAGACAUCCUUAGCCUUAAAAGAAUAAUCAUGACAGCCAGCUGGCUUCAUGCAAAAGCCCAGGACUAUGUUACCAACAAACAGUUAAAAGCAGAUGGGAAGACUUUUCGAAUGUAACUAAAAUUUUGUGAGACUGUUAUUUUUGGACCAAAUUUCCAUUCCUCUGCAAGUUCAUAGCUGGAUGGGUGCAGGGUACAGUUCCCUCUCUUUUAUUGUUAUAAUAUUGAAUAUAUAGAAAAUUAUGAAAGUGACUAGACUUUAAUUAUCUUAUUUUUUCCUCAGAGCCAGGACAGAACAGUAAUGGACAACAACGUCAGUGAUAUGAUAAUGGUGAAACAGUGGUAUGGUGUCAUGGUACGACAUGUAUGGUUUGCUAUGGAUCCUGGAAAAAUUUGUUGUUCUGAAGAUUUCAUUGUAGCAUUGAUAUAAAGGCUGAAUCAACAUGUGGUUCCUGGACAUGUACAGGUGUUUGCUUCCAUCCUGGUAGGUUGAUGUAGAUGAUUAACUGAACAUGAAUUUAUUGGAGAGUUUGGACUUAGGGACAACAGCUUUUGCUGAGGAUUCAUCGUCAAUCACCCCAUGUGAUAGGAUGUUAAUUGUAAACACGUACAGCUCCUGGUGUGGUAUGGCAUGGUACCCACUAUAGAAACUGCAGGGAUGCUGGACUAGAGGUCUGUAAUGUUACCAAGAAUGUGUUUCAACAACAAGCUCAAGGCAUAUUUAACUAAGCAUGGAGAGGCUGGACAAGGGGACUACUCAAAACCAAAACAGCCAGGUGGUGGAUGGCAUUGAUCAUAAGCUGUUGGAGUGGUAAAGUUUGAUGUGUAUCCUGGCAGUAGCAAUAACAAAGAUUCGCUGGAGAAGCUGGCUAGGAUUUCGUUCAAAGCAGCACCAAAAAUCAGCAAGAUUAUUCGUUGGGUGUUGGUCAGGUAGGUCAAAUGAUGAUGAGUUGCAUGUAACCAAACGGUGACGAGUGACAUUAGGGAAUAAUUUCAUUUGUCUUUCGCCCCAAUUCUAAUAGACUAUACCAUUUAUUUACCUGUUAUAAUAUCAUUUGCCAGUAGCAGUCCCUAAAGGCAUGCAUUAUGAUUUGUUUUGACUUUCUUAUGGUGCAAUACACAGAGGAUAUUACAUGGCCGCGCGGGGAUACGAUUUUUAUCUU